CCGGGAUUGGGGAGCCCGGUCUGGGGCUGGCGCUCGCGGGGCGGUGGUGAGGUCCGGUCCCUAGCUCUGCUGGCGGCGUUCCAGCGCCCGGUGUGGAAGGCCUUUCCUGUGGAAGUAACACAAUGGCAGAAACUGCUUCUCCACUGAAACACUUUGUGCUGGCUAAGAGGGCAAUUACUGCAAUCUUCGACCAAUUACUGGAGUUUGUUACUGAAGGAUCCUAUUUUGUUGAAGCAACAUACAGGAAUCCAGAACUUGAUCAAGUAGCUACUGAGGAUGAUCUGAUAGAAAUACAGGGUUAUAGAAACAAGCUUUCCAUCAUUGGUGAGGUGCUGUCUCGGAGACAUAUGAAAGUGGCAUUUUUUGGCAGGACAAGCAGUGGGAAGAGCUCUGUUAUCAAUGCAAUGUUAUGGGAUAAAGUCCUCCCUAGUGGGAUUGGCCAUACAACCAAUUGCUUCCUGAGUGUUGAAGGAACUGAUGGAGAUAAAGCCUAUCUUAUGACAGAAGGAUCAGAUGAAAAAAAGAGUGUGAAGACAGUUAAUCAGCUGGCUCAUGCCCUUCAUAUGGACAAAGACUUGAAAGCUGGCUGUCUUGUACAUGUAUUUUGGCCAAAGGCAAAAUGUGCCCUCUUGAGAGAUGACCUGGUUUUAGUGGACAGUCCCGGUACAGAUGUCACUACAGAGCUGGAUAGCUGGAUUGAUAAGUUUUGCUUAGAUGCUGAUGUCUUCGUUUUGGUAGCAAACUCUGAAUCAACUCUAAUGAACACGGAAAAGCAGUUUUUUCACAAGGUAAAUGAACGACUUUCCAAGCCUAAUAUUUUCAUUUUGAAUAAUCGUUGGGAUGCCUCUGCGUCAGAGCCAGAGUAUAUGGAAGACGUACGCAGACAGCACAUGGAAAGAUGUCUGCAUUUCUUGGUGGAGGAGCUUAAAGUUGUGGAUCCUUUAGAGGCACAGAAUCGUAUUUUCUUUGUUUCUGCAAAGGAAGUUCUUAGUGCUAGAAAGCACAAAGCACAGGGAAUGCCAGAAGGUGGUGGGGCACUUGCUGAAGGAUUCCAGGCGAGAUUACAGGAGUUUCAGAAUUUUGAACAAAUCUUCGAGGAGUGUAUCUCGCAGUCAGCAGUGAAAACAAAGUUUGAACAGCACACUAUCAGAGCUAAACAGAUACUAGAUACUGUGAAAAACAUAAUGGAUUCAGUAAACGUGGCAGCAGCAGAGAAAAGGGUUUAUUCAAUGGAAGAGAGGGAAGAUCAAAUUGAUAGACUGGACUUUAUCCGAAACCAGAUGAAUCUUUUAACACUGGAUGUUAAGAAAAAAAUCAGGGCAGUUACAGAAGAGGUGGCAAACAAGGUUUCCUGUGCAAUGACAGAUGAAAUUUGUCGACUCUCCAUUUUAGUUGAUGAAUUUUGUUCUGAGUUUCAUCCUACUCCAAGUGUGUUGAAAGUAUAUAAAAAUGAGUUAAAUAAGCACAUAGAAGAUGGUAUGGGAAGAAAUUUGGCGGAUCGGUGUACCAAUGAAGUCAAUGCUUCAAUGCUUCAGUCCCAGCAAGAAAUUAUUGAAAAUUUGAAGCCAUUACUUCCAACUGGUAUACAAAAUAAACUACAUACACUGAUUCCUUGCAAGAAAUUUGAUCUCAGCUAUGACCUAAAUUGCCACAAGUUAUGUUCAGAUUUUCAAGAGGAUAUUGUAUUUCGUUUUUCCCUGGGCUGGUCUUCCCUUGUCCAUCGUUUCUUGGGCCCAGUGAAUGCUCAGAGGGUGUUGCUAGGAUUAUCAGAACCCAUCUUCCAGCUUCCCAGAUCUUUAGCUUCUACUCCCACUGCUCCAACCAAUCCAGCAACUCCAGACAGUGCAUCACAGGAAGAACUCAUGGUCACCUUAAUAACAGGAUUAGCUUCUCUCACAUCUAGAACUUCUAUGGGCAUCAUAGUUGUUGGAGGAGUGAUCUGGAAAACUGUAGGGUGGAAACUCGUAUCUGUUUCAUUAAGUAUGUAUGGAGCUUUGUAUCUUUAUGAGAGGCUGACCUGGACCACACGUGCCAAGGAGAGAGCCUUUAAACAGCAGUUUGUGAACUAUGCAACGGAAAAACUGCAGAUGAUUGUUAGCUUCACCAGUGCAAACUGUAGCCAUCAAGUACAACAGGAAAUGGCAACCACUUUUGCUCGCCUGUGCCAACAAGUUGAUAUUACACAAAAACAUCUGGAAGAAGAAAUUGCUAGAUUAUCCAAAGAAAUAGAUCAGUUGGAGAAAAUACAAAACAAUUCAAAGUUCUUAAGAAAUAAAGCCGUUCAACUUGAAAAUGAACUGGAGAAUUUUACUAAGCAGUUUCUACAUUCAAGCAAUGAAGAAGAAUCUUAACAGUAGAGAUUGCUUUGGUGAUCAUCAUAGGAGAAAAUGGAACUUGGAAGAUUGGGACAGUUGUUUAUGAAAUGACUUUAAAUAUGAAUUAUACUAACUGUACCUAAAUAGCAAAUCCUUGUGUAGAUUCUGGUAAUUAUCUAUCUCAGGGUGUUUGCAUUUCUGAAGAGUGUUGUGAUGUAUUUUUAAUUUUAAUUUUGGGUAAAGAAAGGCUAAAUUGUGUUAAAAAUGAUGAAUUAGUUAAAAGCAACAGAACCAACUAUGUGACCCCUGAGGGGUGGGGCCUUGUUCUUAAUUAGGGCUCUCUUUGUUUUUGAUUCUGAAAAACUCUGCUUCCUGGCAUCCAGGAGUUAGAGAAUGCUCCUUUCGCCUUUUCUCAAAACUAAUUUUUGAUGCCCGCCUUAAUGGGAAUAGCCAUUUGUUUUUGUUGUUUUAUAAAUAGUAAUGCUCUAUCAAGGAGGAGUGUGGAAAUGUUCUUGAGUGUAUUGUUGAUGCAAGUUACAAUCACUUUUGCCAUCCUGGCAGAUAUGUAAACCACUAAUAUACUGUUUUUACUCCCUCUUUUUUCCCAUUAAAACGGAUGUAAAAUAGUAUAAAGGUUUGUUACUAUAAAGUCUCUUUAAAAAGUAU